AUGUCCCCAUCCCUGACCCCAACUCAAUGUUCUGGCACUACAAUUGAUUCAGCUUUUGAUAUAGAGGGGGAUAAUGUCAUGGAGAAUGAAGAGAAAGAGUUUUAUCGCCUUAAGGCCGAGAAUUUGGAGUAUGACAAGGAAAAAGAGGAAAAAAAAUUACGCCAUGAGGAUGAACGACUGAGGUUGGAGGCCGAGAAGAUGGUAAUUGAGAGGGAAAAAGAGCUCAAUAAAAUUUGUCAAGAGGACGAAAGGCUGAGGUUGGAGGCGCAGAAAGUGGAGCUCGCAUUGAAAGAUCAAGAUCAGCGCAUUAUGAUGAUGGACGUGAGUGCCAUGCCUGAAAUGCAGCGGUUAUAUUUCCAGCAACUCCAGAGGGAAAUCAUGGCGAGACGCAAUACUUCUAAAGAUUGA